AUGAAGAAUUUCCUAUCCGAUUGUAAGAAGCAUGACAAGGCAAAAUCGCACAUGGGUGCUUACAAGACCUGGAGGACCUACGGUUUUCAGCCUCGUAUCGACUGUCUCAUGUCACAAACUAGACGUGAAGAAAUUCAGCGUCAUAAUGAGGAGGUAAGGCAAAACAGGGAAAUGUUGAAAACCAUAACAGAAGCUGUUUUAUACUUGUCUAGGCAAGAGAUUGCAUUUAGGGAGCAUGAUGAAUCUAGUGGCAGCAUGAAUAGAGGAAAUUAUAGAGAGCUACUUGAAAGUUUUGCCAAGAUGGAUUCUGUUUUUGAAGUGCCAUUACAUGGAAGGCUUGCUGAAACCCACCGUGCUGGGGGAGGGCGGUUUACUGGAGUCUCUCCUGAUAUUCUGAAUGAUUUCAUUGAUUGUCUUGAUAAGAUAAUAGAGGAUGAGAUUUUAAAGGAAAUAUAUUGCUGCACUUUCUUAAGUAUACAGGUUGAUGAGGUAACUGAUGUUUCUACCAAAGAACAAUUGAGUGUAAUUGUUCGAAUGGACAAAGGGGAAAGUGUCAUUGAAAGAGAGCUUGGGUUUGUUGAUGUUAGUUGUGACAGGACUGCGACUGCUAUAUCAUCAGUGGUUAAGGGUAAGUUAAGUCAAUAUAAUAAUGUGAAAGAGAAAUUUAUUGGACAGACUUAUGAUGGUUCAUCUGUUAUGUCUGGUCAUCUCAAUGGUGUUCAAGCUCAUGUUCAGCAGGAUUAUCCUUAUGCUCAAUUUGUUCACUGUGCUGCCCUUGGACUAAAUCUAGUAUUAUGUUAA